UUCGCAUACAUACAGCAUCAUCAACACUACACUUCGUUCGAUUCAACACUGAGAAAUCGUUACUUGCGUGCGUCUGCAACAAACAAAAUGGCUAUGGUGUUAGCUAUUCUUUCCUUCCUUUCAAUCUUUUCCUUCACUGUUUCCUUCGGUCAAUUAGAUGAUUACGAGUGGCCUGGACCUGAAUAUUCCGUUGUGGGAGAUCCUGGUAUGAGAAAUUCUAACCUUAGAUUGGCCAUAGACUCAUGGAACUACUGUAACAAGGUUGGACAUGAAGCUCCUAAGAUGGGGAGCCCGGCUGCAGCUGAUUGCUUUGAUGUCCAUCCUAAGACAUUCUCUGUUCAUCAUAGAGUCACAGAAGCCGAUAACAGAUUAAGUGUUGGAAAGCCUUUUCCUAGUUCAUUCAGGGGACAAGAUUUGUCUCAUCUUAAUGACCCAGAUUUGUAUGCUGUUCAGAAGGAACUGUAUCUUGGUUCCAAGUGUGAGGUACAUGGGAACGACCUGAGGUUUAUUUCUGACUAUUAUCAGUUYUGGAUGAUUACUCUUAGAAAUGGUAACCUAGACACACAUGCUGGAUUGUGCCCCAGUAAAGGCAGGAAGGUCGGUCCCUUUGAACAUUCAGAAGAUGGAUUCUCAUGUUUUGGAAAGGGGUGUAUGAAUCAGCCACUUAUGUUCCAUAACUAUACCAGCUUGCAAACUGUUGGAAAGGAGAAUUUUCUUAGAGGGAGUUUCUUUGGCACCUAUGACUUGGAUGUUGAUUUUGGUAAAGGAGUAACACGUAACAUUUCCUACUACUCUGUGUCAUGGGAAAAGAAGUUUGGAGAGGAUAAGAGUUGGGUUUUUCAUCACUUUUUGAGGACAUCAGACAAAUAUCCAUCACUAAAGCUCAUCCUGAAAUCUGAUACUGCUGGUGGAAAAUUUGGCUAUGGUACCAGAGGAAUGACUAAGGAUCUUACAAUUUCRCCAGACUUUGAAGUGAUUUUCACACUUAAUGUGCUCAAGGGAGGAGGUGCAAAUAGCCAAUUCAACUUGCUAGAGAUGAGAAGCUGUUGGCGGAAUGAUGGUCUUAGAUGUGAAGGCAAUAGUAGAAUUGAUGUAAAUCGAUACUUCAGAAUGAUCCUCAGUCCAAACACAACUGCACUGUGUAGCCCUACCAACUUAAAAGCAUGUCCUCCAUAUCACAUUACUCGUGGUGGUUCCCCUCCCAUAUAUCGUAAUGACACAGCAAACUUUCCAUAUGAGGCUUACCAUAGUUACUGUGCACCUAGCAAUAGUAUUCACAAUUACAUGCUUUCCGGAAGAGACGAUGUUUUGAAGCACGAAGUCUUUGCUUCCAGGUCUAAAAAUUUGUUCCAUUGGAAGGCAAUAUUGGAUAAUUCCAUUAUCCAGAUCAUCGACACGUUCUCAGAGAGUAUAAUGUCAAUUUAUUUGACAAAAUGUGAAAUACUUUCUGGGAAUGUUGAUGGAACUGUUAAAAAAUUUGACAUGUAUUGGUAA